CCGACGUCGUCGUGACUUGUUUUGUUACCUUGGUACUUGCGCGACUACUGCCCAACAUGUUUACAGGCCUGAUUGAGCAUAUGGGUGUCGUCAGCUCCAUAGAAGCCCACGACACCACUGAGAGUGGCGGAGGAGGAUGGACGAUCAGCAUAGCCGAUUCAGCACCCAUCUUAGGGGACUGUCACAUUGGCGACUCGAUAAGCGUCAAUGGGGCUUGUUUGACGGUGACGGAAUUUGACCAGGAUAAAUUCAAAGUCGGCGUUGCACCAGAGACCUUAAGUCGAACGAACCUUGGGGACCUCAAGGUUGGCACACGAGUAAAUCUUGAACGUGCAAUGGCUGCUCAUGUUCGAUUCGGAGGACACAUGGUGCAGGGCCAUGUUGAUGACACAGUGACUAUAGUUUCUAAAGAGGAAGACGGCAACUCACUCAGGCUGCUCUUCCAAGUUCCAGAACCUUCGUCCAAUCGUGCAGAUCUACUUCCGUACAUCAUUCAAAAGGGCUAUGUUGCCUUGGAUGGAACCUCCUUAACUAUUACAUCAGUUUCUGAUUCAGGCCGGUUGUUCGGCGUUAUGCUUAUUGCACAUACCCAAACGAAAAUCCAGCUUCCCGAAAAGAAGGUCGGGGAGAGGGUAAAUCUCGAGGUUGAUAUAGUGGGAAAGUAUGUCGAGAAGGCUGUUCUUGCAGCACUUGGUGGGGGGACACUCGAACGGCUCGUCGACGAAGCGGUUCAAAAGUCGUUAGCCAAGUCCCACACCGUAUAAGCUGUGCUUUGUAAAAUUGUUGUUGUAGCUGCUAGGUUAGAGCACACUUCGAUAACCGAAGUUAAUGUACGUGUAUCUGAUCAAAGCAUUAUAUUGGUUGGUACGAUGGC